UUGGCACUGCUGCUGUCAACGCAGCAGGCUGCGCAGAGCCAGUCUGCGCACGCGACGGCGCAGCCGACGCCGGGCCCAACGGCGCAGGAUGCGGCUGCCUCGCAGUCCGCCCUGGGCAACCCCGAUGAGACAUCUCCUUGCAAGCUCGUGUUCGGCGACGAGUCCCAGCGGGUCUCCACGUCCUACCGCUACCUCGGGGCGUUGCAGUCCUACGACUGCAAGCGCUUCUCGCCGAUACUCCUCAGCGGCCUCGACGACGACGCAGUGGACGAGCUGGUCUUCAUCGCUAGCAGCCUGGGCCCCGAGACGCGCAUCAAGGACUUCACGGCGAAGAACAAGGGGGAGAUGAGGGAGGCGAUCGCAGCAGAGAUCGCCAGGACCAUCAGCGUGUACCCGAUGCGCCUCAACGACCUGAGCGCCGACCUCGACAACACGAACGUCAUCGCGAGGCGCUUCGGCUACCCCGUCGAGCGCAUGCCCGUCUCUCGCAGGGGCGGCCUUGUCGAGGGCGGCAGCGCCCAGCAGCAGGCCCCCCAGGUGGCGCGGGUCGCCGCCCCAAGCAUGAAGGAGGUGGUGAAACCAGCAAAGGCACAGGUGGCGCCGAAGAUGGUUAAGGAGCCCGCUUUCACAAACCAGGCCGCCCCACUGGCGUCGUCGCAGCCAGCGUCCCCUUCCAACUUCAUCCCGUUCAAGGGCAAGGGGCUCGAGCUCACGCCUGAGGGCAAGUUGGAGCUGUCCCCCGAGCUUCUACAGAACCUCGUCCAGCAGUCAGCGGAUCGGAAGCCAGCUGAGCCCGCGCCCAGCGCGCCCGAAUCUCUUCCCGAGCAGCCCCCCGAGAAGAAGUGCAAGACGGAUCCCGCGAGUGCGGGCG